AUGGCCAUGGCAAUCGACAUUAUGGCAUUAAUGGAAAGCACUAAAAUACUCCAAUUUUUGGAAUUAGUUGGCCGUCUUAAGCACGAAAAGAGAACUGGGUGGGUCAUAUGUGAUAUUAAUGAGUGCGAAUCCAUAGCUGGCCAUAUGUAUCGCAUGGGUAUGAUGACUUUCCUUCUGACUGAAGAGAACAACCCUACAAAAUUAGAUCGAUUUCGUUGUUUACAAAUUGCCUUAGUACACGACCUAGCUGAAUGUAUUGUGGGCGAUAUUACACCACAUUGUGGUGUUUCUCCAGACGAAAAACAUAGGAGAGAAGAUGAAGCAAUGAAAACAAUUGCAGAGCUUACUGGUAUUGCUGGUGAUAGAAUGUAUGAUCUUUAUAAGGAAUAUGAAAAUCAAUCUUCUCCUGAAGCCAAAUUUGCAAAAGACUUAGACCGCUAUGAUAUGAUCCUUCAAGCUUUUGAAUAUGAAAAACGAGAAAAUGCACCAAAAAAAUUAGAAGAAUUCUUCAAAGCUUGUUAUGGAAAAUUUGAUCAUCCAUUUAUUCAAGAUUUAGCUAAAGAACUUUAUAGGCAGAGGCAAGAAUUUGAGAUAAAAUCUCUUAAUGGUACACUA